AUGGCUUUCUACCCUGACAAAUUGACCUGUGGUACCCACCACCAGAGCCUCAACUCUACUGACCACAACGGAUCGUACCAGAAUCUCCAGGCCUCCUCGAAUCUCAAUAAUCUCGGUCCCAACCCGAGCUCCUCCAUUAUCCACCCCAAAUCCAUAGGAACCCCGGAAGUGAACUACUGCGAUCGGCGGUACGUGUCCGUUACCAAUCUCGCAUAUCUUACACCUUACACCAUAAGCAUCAUGCAUAACCCCUGCACCUCCAACCCAAUUGGCAAAUCAGUCGGGUCCAAUGCCUUAUUUGAGCAAUCAUUACUAUGGAACACCAUGCAGACCUUCAAAAAGGGAGCGGACAAUUCAACGAGUGAUUUCAUCCUUGCACACCGAUGA